UAACUUUUAAACUCAUAACUUUUAGUUCCAUUUUAUAGUUAUUCGUUUCUCGUGUAAAUAAAAUGUGUAUUUAUUUACGUUUUCUAUAUAAAUGUGUAAAGUUCUAAGAAAGUGUCGAUAAAAUGAAAUUAUUUCAUACAAACUUGAUUGUAUCACUGUUUUAUACUGCUUUUGCUGCUCCACAACAGCCAGAAAUAAACGACCAGUUUAAAAUAACUGACUUAAUAACUGAACAACCAGUCGUAUCAUUGGACCAUCAAACUUCUCAGAAUACCAACCAAACAGUGUUUGUUGAAACAGAAAAACCAGUAGAAGAAACUACAACUAAAGUAGUACCACAUCAAGCAAAUGCAAUCGAAAUUUCAACACAACCUGCAUUACCAGAAAUCAGUUUUUCUGUCAGAAUAUAUAGGUUAAUAUCUGAACCGAUAAUUAAAGUUGUUAAUACUCCGAAAGUAAGCGCUGUAUUAAGAAAUAUUGGCACAUGUGUAGUCAAUGGUGCUAUGGAACUCUUUAAUUACUACCUACCAGCCCCAUUUAUGCCAUUGAUAGCAUCAGCCGCUGGUCUAGUUAUCCCAUUUGAACCAGUAGUCAUGCUAAAAGAGAAAAUGCCUGUCACCAGCUACAGAAGGGCUUUCCAAACAGCUAUGAGCAGUUUUUUAAGAACGUUUGAUAAGUACAAAAUGGAAGAAGAUUAUGAUCCGUAUAUGACUAGGAGGUUUAACAGAAGAUUUGGUGGUGAUGAUCUUGUUAAGAAAGACCGUAAUCAAUAAGCUUAAUAAAAUGAUU